GUGUUAUUAACGCAACGAAGAAUAGGGUAGUGAUUUUUGGUUCAUCAUCCAAUCUUGCUUUUCUUCUGCAAAAAUUGUCUACCUUAAUAGUGAGAGAAGGAAGAUGGAAGGCAUGGCAGAAGGAGCAGCAGCACCUUCAUUGCCCGACCUUGUACUCUCGCUAGAGCAAGCAUCGUUCAUGGCCAAGCAGCUUUCUUCUACCUCUAACCCAGCCCAUCUCCUCCAAAUCUACAAUUCUCUCCACCAGGCCAACCUCAACCUCUCCGUUUUUCUCUCUACACCUCACUACCCCCAAUCUCUUCCUAUUCCUCCCCCUUCCAUCAACGAUAAUCUCCUCUCCUCUGCAACCAGUGCCGCCUUCAACGACAGCGGCAACGAGCCGAUGCAGGUCGGCGAUGACGAAGAUGCCGAUGCCGAUGCCGAUGCCGAGCAGAAUUCCAAGGGCACGAUUGAAAUGGUUGAGGAGAAGAUGAAGGAUUGUUUUAUUAAGAACAAGCGGGUUAAACGAAAGCUAUCGCCGUCGGCCGCGGCUAUGGCGGAGGAAAGACGAGUUCAUCGUGAUAAUCGGUUUAGUGCGACGGCGAAGGGUUUCGAUCCUCAUGUUGAGAGAUUGCGGGCCUUGGACCUGAUUUCCCAGUUUCAUGCGUGAGGCACAGACGUAGCCAAGUUUGAAAAACGAGAUGGAAGAAUUUAGUCGCAUUCUGGGAUGGAGAUGACAGGUAGGCUUUGUAGGGGGAAUUGAGUGCCCACAAGAAGGUGCACGGGUCUCAAUGCCAAUAUCAAUGCUCAAGAGUAAUGUAACGAGGGUCUAUGUGUCAUUAAAGGUUUAUUGCCAGUUUCUUUCAGAAUUAGAUUACCAAGUGAGCCACUUUGCCAGAGAUCUGAGCUCUGUCGGUGCCAACAGGGCUUCACCAUGCCUUCGUCAAGUGUCAAUAUGUUAUCAGUUUUGUGCUAUUUUCCUUUCCCCCCAUGGCAUGAUGAAAGGAUAGCGGCGUUGAAGAGACAGCAUCACGUCUGAUUUCUUUUGUGCACAUAAAUAAGCAGGGUGUUAGAGCACGAUCAACUGCUACACGAAGGCUGAGGUUGACUUCUCUGUACUGUUUUAUCUUGUGUAUAAUUGUGUUGCAUAGUCCCCAAUUUGGGUCUCACUCAUUGCAAUAUGCUCAUGGCUCACUCCACUGAUCUCCAAAGAUACUUGGCUCACGCCAAAAAGUCAGUUUUAGGGGACUAUACAGAUUUUAAUUCAUUAAUGUUUCCGUUGUAUUUUAUCCUCCAUGUUGUCUUGAUUGCGUGCUUUGAAUAGUACAAUACAUUUUCUAUGUUUUAUAAGUUUCUUUCGUGGCUGUGGCAGUUCCACAAAAAUAGAAUUUAGUGAUGUAAACUUCUGGUUUAAUGAAAUCGCAUGUAUAUGUGUGGUUUGAUUUAGUUUUUCGAAA